UCAUCACGCUCCAGAUUUGCUCUAAAAUCAAUUAACUUAUAGGUGAAAGAUGCAGAUGAGCAUGUGUAGACUCGCUGUCUCUUCUUUUGGCAGCCUGAGCCGACAAGGAUGCCACCGUUCUCCGUUUACCCGGGUCACACCUGCCAUCAGAGCCGUCAUUCGGACUGCAUUUAGUGAAAGUGCCAUAUGGGAGAGAGACUACAGGGCAGAGACCAGGCGCAAGGUUGAGAGCUGGUGGCAUCCACGCAUCCAGGACCAAUGGCACAAGGAAAUGAAGGAACAUAGACUGGAGAAGAAGAAGUUUUAUGUCCUUUCUAUGUUUCCGUAUCCUUCUGGACGUCUGCACAUGGGCCACGUCAGAGUCUACACUAUUAGUGACACCAUCGCCCACUUUCAGCGCAUGAGGGGUCAUAAGGUACUAAACCCAAUGGGUUGGGAUGCUUUCGGGCUUCCUGCUGAAAAUGCUGCCAUUGAACGUGGUCUCGACCCUGAACACUGGACUAAAAGUAACAUCGUGUCCAUGCGGGAGCAGCUGAAUAGCCUGGGGCUCUGCUUUAAUUGGGACAGGGAGGUCACUACUUGCCUGCCAGAUUAUUACAAGUGGACCCAAUACCUGUUUGUAAAGCUAUAUGAAGCUGGACUUGCCUAUCAGAAAGAGGCUCUGGUGAACUGGGACCCUGUGGAUCAGACCGUAUUGGCUGAUGAGCAGGUGGAUGAGAAUGGCUGCUCAUGGCGCUCUGGGGCCCUCGUUGAGCAGAAGCUACUCAAACAGUGGUUCAUUAAAACUACCAACUAUGCCAAGCCUCUCUUGGAUGCCUUGGCAGAUCUCCCGGAGUGGUAUGGUGUGAAAGGGAUGCAGGCCAACUGGAUUGGGGAAUGCACAGGCUGCUAUUUCGACCAUGUGUUGAAGUUGGAAGGAAAGGAGACAGGUGAGGUGCUGGCUGCCUAUACCUCCUCUCCUGAAGCUGUGUUUGGAGCAGCGUUUGUCUCCAUUCUGCCCUCUCAUCGACUUCUUCACGGCUCCAGUCCGGUUGGACCUGCCCUGCACAGAGCCCUUAAUUAUGGGAAAAACACGCUCAGUGAGGUCACCGCACUCAAUGUGUUUACUGGCCGUGAGGUUCCCGUGAUUGUUUCUGCGAAGACUGAGUUUCAGGGACAUCUCGACACUGUAAUAGGUAUCCCUGACAGCAGUGAGGAGGAUGCAUGUGUGGCAAGGGAGCUGGGUGUGAGUUGGGAAGCAGUACUGCAGCGUGAAGGUGAAACUCUCACUGUAAUCAACUCUGCUGAGUUUACAGGUCAAACACAAGAGGAAGCCUUCAAAUCCAUCACUCAAAAAGCUCAAGAGAGGAAUGUGGGUGGUUACCUCACCAGUUCAAAGCUUAGAGACUGGUUGAUCUCUAGGCAGCGGUACUGGGGUACACCGAUUCCCAUAGUGCAUUGCAGCUCAUGUGGUCCUGUGCCUGUUCCUGUGGAAGAGUUGCCAGUCGUGCUGCCUAAAGUUGAACUAACUGGGAAAGGAUCGUCACCAUUGAAAUCUGCUCAGGAAUGGGUCAACUGCUCAUGUCCAAGGUGUAAAGGCCCUGCUCAGAGAGAGACCGAUACCAUGGACACAUUUGUGGAUUCUGCCUGGUACUAUUUCAGGUACACAGACCCACAUAAUUCAGUGAGGCCUUUUGAUCGAUCUGUGGCUGACCACUGGAUGCCUGUGGAUGUUUAUAUAGGAGGAAAAGAGCAUGCGGUUAUGCACCUGUACUACGCACGCUUUCUUAGUCACUUCUGCAAGGACCAAGGCUUCAUCUCACACAGGGAGCCGUUUCAGAAGCUGCUGGUGCAGGGUCUCAUAAAAGGCCAGACCUUUCGAGUAGCUGACAGCGGGCAGUAUCUGAAGAAAGAAGAUAUUGAUUUUACAGGUCCUGAGCCGGUGCUGCGUGAAAGUGAAAAGAAGCUGCAGGUGAGCUGGGAGAAGAUGAGCAAGUCCAAGCACAAUGGCGUGGACCCUGAGGAGGUGGUGCAGCAGUAUGGCAUUGACACGGUGCGCCUGUAUAUCCUGUACGCCGCUCCACCAGAGCAGGACAUCCUGUGGGAUGUGAAGACGGAUGCUCUCCCGGGCGUGCUGCGUUGGCAGUCUCGACUCUGGGGACUCGUCACUAAGCUGAGGGAGGCGCGUGAGGCCGGUGAAACCCCCACCCCAUCCAUCCUAAACAAAAAAGAGCGUGCAGAGGCCCGAAAGAUCUGGGAGAACAAGAAUCAUGCCAUUGCACAGGUAACCACUCACUUGACAGAAGACUUCCUGCUGAAUGCAGCGAUCUCAAGGUUAAUGGGCCUGACCAACACACUCUCACAAGCUUCUCCUCGUGUGGUUCUGCACAGCGUGGAGUUUGAGCAGGCGCUGGCUUCUCUCUGUGUGAUGGCUGCACCCAUGGCCCCACACCUGGCCUCAGAGCUUUGGGCAGGACUGUCUCAGAUUCAAAACCCUCUCAACUCUGCACAGUUUGGUAAUGGAGACGUGCUGCAGCAGCGUUGGCCUACUGUGGAUCCUGAGUACCUGCAGACUCCAGACACACUCGAGGUGGUAGUACGGAUUAACAAUAAGGCAUGUGGAAGUGUCACUGUACCUCGACAAGUAGCUCAGGAUGCUGAAAAGGUGCGGGAACUGGUGCUAGGCAGCCCUUUGGGCAUGAAACUCCUUGCUGACAGGGUCAUUAAGAAGUCUAUACUCUCUCCUAGGACUGCUCUCAUCAACUUCCUGGUAGAAGAUUAAACAUUGAAAGACUAAUGCGUCUUGAUCUGAAUAGGUGAAAGAGCUGCUAAAGCUUCAGACUUAAGAAUAAGUGAGGAGCUAAAGAUGUUGCACUUGAAGAGUUGAUGAAGAAUGAUGCAGCUGUUUUCAAAUUAAGAGGAAGAUGAUGCAGCGACUAUUUUUACAGCUACAGUUAUUUUAUACAGUGUAAAUACCCAACAAGCAAAUAAGGAUAAUUGUGCUGCUUUAGCAUUGUUAAUCUAGCGGGUUUUGGAAACCUGCCAUGGAGUCAUGUAUGAAAAUAACAUUUUCUUGUGUUAAAUGGAAUGAAUAAAUGU